AUGCGGUUCUGUCAGAUUGCGCCCCUUGCCCUUUGGGCCGGGGCAGGUGCGGCGAGUGGUAGUCAACUCUUCCACGACACCUUUCAGUUGAAUGAGCUGCCUGACAUGGUGUCACUGGCCGAUGCCAAGCUGAAAGACAUCGUACUCCCCGACUCCCUCUCUGACUUCACGGAGUGGAUCGGAGGAAUCGCAGAACCACGAGCCUUUGGCUUACAACCAAGGCAGAAACAAUGUGUUGACGCUGGUUACUCGGUCUCGGAUGCUGUCCUGAAGGCAGCACCUGUAUCUCCACCGGCUGCUGUCGCGGCAACGCCAAAGAAUGCGGCUCCGGCCGCUGUUACGAUCCAUCAUCACAAGUCUGUUGCAGCAGCGACGAUCAAGUCCACGGAGACAGUCACGACAACCAAGAUGAAGACCGUUCGCGUCACGACUGAUAUUGAGCCCGACACUGGCAACGCCCCUGAGUUUACUUGUGUGCCUAUGACAGCAACCAAUGACGAGGGUGCGACACUUGAACUUGAUGAGGGAUGCACUCUGCAUUACGAGCCCCCAAGGGCCACCACUACUGACGAUAGCGCUGCUCGUCUUCGCCGUGAUGCCGCCACAGCGCCUGCCCACGUCAACCGAGGACACAACCCCUUGGUCAGACAAGUUUCUUGCACACCUUAUACCAUUUAUACAACGACUGAAUGGGAGACCGAGACUGAAACUGAAACUGGCACAAAGACUGUCACGGUGCAGGGCGAAGAUGCGACCUUCUCGUGUCCUGAGAUGGAAGUCACCAACGAUGUCGGAGAUACACUCGCUCUUGAUGCUGAGUGUGUCUUGUCAUUUACGCCGGCUAAGACAACUAGCUCUGAGGAGGGAGCAUCAGCACAAGAUCAGCCGACGAAUGUUCCGGCUAGAACUGGGGAGGGUACUACUACCGUGACAGCUACGGCGGGAAGUGGAGGCUCGAAUGAUAACAGUGGUUCUUUUGAGAGAGCUUCCUUGUCACUAACGUUAAGCUUCGCUGGAAUUGCCAUGUUAAGUAAUGGUGAGGACGGACUUCAAAAUGGGUCAUGCAGGUUUAUUCUCACAAGAACUUCCGAUAUGUCUCACUCUCAAAACAAGACGCAGGCCAAUCAACAUGGAGAAUCAGAGGCUCUCCUGGCUCCAACGGCCAAUAGCUCAGACUCCUCAGAAACAUCCUCCGAAACAAGUUCAGACUCCGACUCAACAUUCUCCUCAAAGCUUCAAAGCUUCUAUUCCCGAAACAUCGGCCUAUUCUACGUCUUAGUCGCCCAACUUUUCGCUUCAAUCAUGUCCAUGACAACGCGGCUUCUUGAAACGGGUUUUGAAACAAAGUUUCACGCUCUGCAGAUCAUUUUUGUUCGAAUGCUGGCUACGGCGCUGAUUGGCUCUGUUUACAUGUGGUAUUCGUUGUCGUAUCUUGACAUUUCUGAUGCGACGGUCAUCACUUUUCUUGUGCCGACUCUUACUGCGUUUAUUGCAUGGGUUGCUCUACGCGAACCAUUCACCGUCAAAGAAGCCACCGCUGGUUUCAUCGCCUUCGCAGGUGUCCUCUUCGUCGCCCGCCCGGCUUUCCUCUUCCCCGAAAGCUGGCGAACAUUAUCAGAGUUGGAGUCCCGCGCUGUGGACCCAAAUUUUACUGCUGAUGGUGGUAUCCUACCGCCAGUAAAGGCAACGCCACAAGAACGCACCAUCGCUAUCCUGUGCGCCAUCUUCGGUUCUUUUGCAGCGGCGACGGCGUAUGCGACUAUCCGCGUCAUCGGCAAGCGGGCUCACUCUCUCGUCAGUGUCAAUUACUUCGCUGUCCUUGCCACUGUUAGCUCGUUUCUUGUCAUCAUGAUUCACCCUGAUCUGCAAUUCGAGAUCCCCAAGACUAUCGCUGAAUGGUGUCUACUUCUCUCGAUUGGUGUCUCUGGCUUUCUGCUCCAGCUUCUCCUCACCGAGGGACUCCAGAGGGAAAAGGCUGGUCGGGCCACCAAUCUUAUUUACGUUCAAAUGGUUUUCGCGCUUAUCAUCGAGCGAAUUGUCUGGGGAACUACACCUCCCAUCACCAGUUUCAUUGGCAGUGCUCUGAUCAUUGGUUCAGCUAUCUGGGUCAGCUUGCAGAAGAAAGCUCCUGCUGAACCAAGACCACUCCUCGACGAGGAGAGAAGACAGCAAUAG